AUGGUACAACGACCUACAGGCAUACCAGAUGCAGGUCAUGAUAUUAAUGGAGCUCUUGAACCAUCAAACAUCGAUACUAGUAUCUUGGAAGAAUACAUCGGCAAGGAGGACUCACCAGAGAUCUCUGAUUUGGACGCCAUCUCUGACAUCCCAGCCUCAGCUGGCUACCCACAUGCCCAGCCUUCCAGCUCUGCCAAUGUCAAUGUAUCUGUCUCCAGUAUUGGUCAUAUGAGUAAUGCUGUAUCCAGUGGUACCCUCCAUCAUGGCCCUCCAAGUACCCAAGUCCCAGUCCGGCAUGGUCACAAUGGCCCUCCAGGCAGCCAAGUUCCAAUCCGGCAUGGUCCCCCUUUGCCGAAUCCAUGUGGACCCAGCUACAGUGCUCACCUCAACUGCAAUAACAACAAUGGUAUGGUGGUACCCAAGGGAUAUCUCGGCGGCCACUGCUUGACCAACAUUGCCCCUCCAAUCAAAUCAGAGCUCAAGGCCUCCUACGCACCUGGCACUUUACCCGACUCUCCCCCGGACUCUGGAUCAGAAGCAUACUCCCCCCAGCAGGUGAAUGAUCCUCACCUCCUUCGAACCAUGACUCCUGAGAAUAUGUGUCAUGUGACUCCCCCUUCCCGGUUGGAACAUCCACCUCCACCCCCUCCACCCCCCCACCUCCAGGGGCCACCACCACCACCACCACCACUGCCUCCUCACCCACACCAGCAACAACAUAACCAUCACUAUCCCAGCAUGCAGCGGGACAUGUACAUGAAGGCUGAGCCCCUGAUGCCACAGUUCACUAUUGGACAGGGCAUGUCACCUGGGGAUCUCCACCAUGCCCAGCAGUCACAGAUGCUUCACCAACUACUGCAGCAGCAUGGAGCAGACCUUCCAGUGCAUCCUGCCAAGAAGAGGAAACAUUCAGAGUCUCCCCCAAACACUCUCAAUGCCCAGAUGCUCAACGGGAUGAUAAAGCAAGAGCCAGGUACGGGCUCUGUGCCACUCAACCCUGACAGAGUCCAAACGCCUCCCUGGCACCAGCAAGGGGCACUUUCACCAGGUCUGAUUCAGGACAAUGACAGCUUGAAUGGCUCCUACCUGGAUCCCAACUACCAGUCUAUAAAAUGGCAGCCACAUCAGCAGAAUAAGUGGGCGACACUGUAUGAUGCUAACUACAAGGAGCUACCUAUGCCUACAUACCGGGUGGAUGCAGAUAAAGGAUUCAACUUCUCUGUGGGUGAUGACGCUUUUGUGUGCCAGAAGAAGAAUCACUUCCAGGUCACAGUCUACAUUGGUAUGAUUGGCGAUCCUAAGUAUGUCAAGACUUCUGAAGGCCUGAAGCCGCUUGAGUGCUUCUACCUGAAACUGCAUGGUGUGAAGCUGGAGGCCUUGAACCAGUCAAUCAACAUAGAACAGUCGCAGUCUGACCGCAGCAAACGGCCCUUUAAUCCUGUCAUGGUCAAUUUGCCUCCGGAGCAAGUUACCAAGGUUACCGUGGGGCGGUUGCACUUCAGCGAGACCACAGCCAAUAACAUGAGGAAGAAGGGCAAGCCCAAUCCUGAUCAGAGGUACUUCAUGUUGGUUGUGGCCUUACAAGCUCACGCCCAGAACCAGAAUUACACUCUGGCUGCUCACAUCUCUGAGCGCAUCAUUGUUAGAGCCUCUAACCCCGGUCAAUUUGAGAGUGACAGUGAUGUGCUCUGGCAGCGUGCUCAGCUCCCUGACACUGUCUUUCACCAUGGCCGAGUUGGCAUCAACACGGACCGCCCUGAUGAAGCUCUGGUUGUCCAUGGCAAUGUAAAAGUCAUGGGAUCCCUUAUGCACCCAUCAGACAUCCGAGUAAAAGAUGAUAUCCAGGAGGUGGAUACCACAGAACAGCUGAAGAGAAUCUCUCGUAUGCGACUGGUGCACUAUAAUUACAAGCCAGAGUUUGCUGACACCGUAGGCCUAGAGAACACAUCUGAAACAGGUGUCAUUGCCCAGGAAGUGAGAGAGAUUCUCCCAGAAGCAGUGAAAGAUACUGGGGACAUUGUGUUUACCAGUGGGAAAACCAUAGAUAACUUCUUAGUGGUGAAUAAGGAGCGCAUUUUUAUGGAAAAUGUAGGGGCUGUGAAGGAACUUUGCAAACUGACAGACAACCUGGAGACCCGGAUCGAUGAACUGGAGAGGUGGAGUCAUAAACUUGCCAAGCUCAAACGCCUGGACAGUAUGAAAUCUACAGUGAGCUCUGGAGCAUUCAGUCAAGCAGGAAGUCAGUUCAGCCGUGCAGGAAGCGUGCCACACAAGAAGAGGCCCCCCAAAAUAGCCAGCAAGGCUCCUUCUGUUGUCACAGACCAAGCUUGCAUCAGCCAGCGUUUCUUACAAGGUACCAUCAUUGCCUUGGUGGUCAUCAUGGCAUUCAGUGUGGUGUCCAUGUCUACCCUCUAUGUGCUAAGCUACCGCAAUGAGGAGGACUUCAUGGAUAUUGAAGGUUCUUUUGCUGUACCUACCACUUGCCUUCUGGCCCUCUUUCGUCACAGAGGUCCUGGUGUCCCAGUUGCUCUCUGUCCACGGUCCAGUGGGAACAUUGAUAAGAAUCAGAUUAUGUUUUCCACUGCUGCCUCAUCAAACACACCUGGUGAUGGUCCCCCUUCACAGCAUGCCACAACACGUGGGCCUGACUCUCUCUAUGGCUUGUCUGCCCAUAGCAUAGUAGUCUGCUUCAACCCACCUUGUUUCUCCAUGUGCUGUUCUGUGCCCAACAAUGUGUCUUCUGCUGCAGCUUCUGAGACUACCACCACAGUCACCACCAACCGGACAGACCAAAGUCUCGUGUCACUCCUGCCAGUGACCAACAUCAAAGCCAAAUCGAGGGGAAUCACAGGCAAAGUGGCUUCCCACACAAAGUGGCCAAAGACCUCUGAGAGAUCACGGGGCUUUGGCAGUCCCAAUGCCAGCCCAUCCUCUCCCUUCACCCACAUCCAGGGAAAGUCCAAAUACAUCUCCAACCUCCCUCUAACACACAACAGCUUCCUGCCUGGGCUGGCACGACAGCAGCGUAGCAUCAGCCAACCAGACGCCAAGGAGGAGUCAGGCACAGGAAGCACCAACCAGGAUGGAACAGCUCCAGUGCUCCAGUCUGUUUCGCUUGUGGAGAGUAAUGUGGCCAUCAUACCCCAGGCCUGUGCUGCUGGUGAUGAAUGCAGGACAGGGAACAUCACUUACCGCAUCCCCAUCAGCAAGUUUACUUCGGUGAACACCAACCUUACUUUGGAGAUGAAUGCCUCCUCCCUUGUGUCUGGGUAUUUUUGUGGCCUCACUUCCAGCAACCCAUGUCAGCAGACUGUUGUGAACACAGACACCAUCUCUGAUACAACACCCAAACAGGCAACAACAUACCAUUGGCCUGUGGUGAUGAUGCCAUUCCAGGAGUUUACCUACCAUUUCCGAUUAGCGAGGCCUGGCCAAGCUAACUGCAGCACUGCUGUGGAGCAGAUGAGCUCUCUCUUUACUGACUAUUACUUCCAGUUCUACUGGAUCUGUGAGUGAGUCUCUGGAGCACCGCUGCCCUUUGACAGGAGCUGAAAUGGGCUCACAAGACUGAUUGGACUGGAUGUUCUCUUCUAUGAACCCCAAGCCCUAUCCUGCCGCCUCUAAUCUGUAAGCCCUUCCCCUUGGGGCUCUGAGCUGGUUUUGCUCUUCAUUUCUAGUGGUGAGGUAUUGACAUUAGAAUGUCAUGCGACUUUGGAGGGACACCACCACUAGCAAAACAUUGAAAUAUUGAGGCGUAUUUUUUCCUUGACUUAUUAUAGGAACACUGGCAUUCCUUUCUUUUGCUCCUUCUUACACUGGAUUUGAAAAUUCUACACUGGACCAUGCUUGGGUUCAAUCCCUUUGGACCUCUCAGAACUGCAAAAUUCGGCUUGGCUGGGAACGGACCUCAAUGCCCAGAGAGCCAAGGAAGCAGCUUUCAAAGACACUGACAUUUCUCAUGGAUGACACUGGGAAUCCAGCUCUAAAGCUGAAACACUGGAUUCCUUUCAGUAAAGGAAUAUUCUGCUUGGAUGUGUUGCAAGUCAUACACUGGAGUUUCUUACCUUCUGGCUGGCAGCUAGCCAUUUCUCUCGAAAUUUAUGCUCUGCAGGCAUCCUGGCGACACUGGAACAGACGCAGGAAUGACCAGUUGUUUCAAACAGCAGCAACCAAUGGAAAAGCUACAGGAUUUACCUCUGGCUUCUUCCUGUCUCUAUUUUGCCAUAUAUUUACAUUCCAGGGAGAGCAAACCUCAAGAACCUCACAAAAGCAACUCUGCAAGUCUCAGGCAAGCUAAUUUUGCUCCCAAUGUGCCUUCAUUUUUUUACAGGGUUAGAUCUGAAGAUGCUUCUCAAGAACUCCAACUCCUACUCUCAAGAACGCCAAACUCCUACUCUCUAGGAGUUGUAACCAUCUCCCCUCAAAUAUACUUGAGGAAACCAGUAUCUGGGCUUUUGCCACUGGACUCUACAAUUCUUGUGUUGUCAUACACACUGGGGGAUCCUUUCAAGUCUGAUACAUCUGGAGCAGAAAAAAUACAUUUGUUCCAAAGAGCACUUGGCAGAACCCAUGCUCAGCAUUAGCACUUUGUGCCAGAGGCUGAAGAGGGAGGCCAUCAGAAGAGAUCUACCCUACACUAAACUGAACCAGACUGG